AUGGGAGUGGCAGCUUAUGACCUGGAGGUUACCUCCCCUGUCCCUCCAGCCAAGCUGUUCAAGGCUUUUGUCCUUGACAAUGACGAUCUCAUCCAAAAGGUUAUUCCCCAGGCCAUCAGCAACGUUGAAAUCCUAGAAGGAGACGGAGGACCUGGAACUGUCAGAAAAGUCACUUUCGGGGAAGGUAGCCAAUUCAAGUAUGUGAAGCACAGAAUUGAAGAAAUUGACAAAGAAAAUCUUAUAUACAGAUAUAGUGUGAUUGAAGGCGAUGCAUUGAUGAAUGUGCUUGAGAAAAUCUCUAACGAGAUCAAGUUUGAGGCAUCUGCAGAUGGAGGAUCGAUUUGCAAGAACAACAGCACCUACUUUACUAUUGGAGACUUCGAGCUCAAGCAAGAGCAGAUUAAGGCUGGCAAAGAAAAGUCCUUGGAAAUUUUUAAGGCUGUUGAAGCCUACCUCUUGGAAAAUCCUGAUACCUAUAACUAGAAUAUUAUCUUGUGCCUGUUGGAGCUGGGGCUUUGAUUAUUUUGGUUUUCUCAUCCUGCAGGAAACUGCCUUUUCUCUAGCUCCGAAUAAAUUUCUGUCGUAAGCGUCAGUUCAGCUGUGGCUUGUUAUUUUCAUUGGAAAGGAGUCAAUUGUGCCUGACUUUGAAUAAAUAUACCUGAAUUAUCA